AUGUCGCUGACCAACACAAAGACGGGGUUUUCGGUCAAGGACAUCUUGGACCUACCGGACACCAACGAUGAGGAGGGCUCGGUGGCCGAAGGGCCAGAGGAGGAGAGCGAGGGGCCGGAGCCCGCCAAGAGGGCCGGGCCGCUGGGGCAGGGCGCCCUGGACACGGUGCAGAGCCUGCCCCUAAAGAACCCCUUCUACGACAGCAGCGACAACCCGUACACGCGCUGGCUGGCCAGCACCGAGGGCCUCCAGUACUCCCUGCAUGGGCUGGCAGCCGGCGCGGCGCCCCAGGACUCGAGUUCCAAGUCUCCGGAGCCCUCGGCCGACGAGUCACCGGACAAUGACAAGGAGACCCCCGGCGGCGGAGGGGACGCCGGCAAGAAGCGGAAGCGGCGGGUGCUCUUCUCCAAGGCGCAGACCUACGAGCUGGAGCGGCGCUUCCGGCAGCAGCGGUACCUGUCGGCGCCAGAGCGCGAACACCUGGCCAGCCUCAUCCGCCUCACGCCCACGCAGGUCAAGAUCUGGUUCCAGAACCACCGCUACAAGAUGAAGCGCGCCCGGGCAGAGAAAGGUAUGGAGGUGACGCCCCUGCCCUCGCCGCGCCGGGUGGCCGUGCCCGUUUUGGUCAGGGACGGCAAACCGUGCCACGCGCUCAAAGCCCAGGACCUGGCAGCUGCCACCUUCCAGGCGGGCAUCCCCUUUUCGGCCUACAGCGCGCAGUCUCUGCAACACAUGCAGUACAACGCCCAGUACAGCUCGGCCGGCACCCCCCAGUACCCGACAGCACACCCCCUGGUCCAGGCCCAGCAGUGGACUUGGUGAGCGUCGCCCCUCCGAGACUCUCGGCCCCAGGCCCAGGCCCCACCCCAGCGGCGGAGGCGAGGAGGACUCGGCCCUUACAGUGGUUAUUAUAUUAUUAUAAUUAUUAUUCUGGAGUCGAGUUGACUCUUGGCUCCGUUGGGGAGGCGCCAGGAGGUUGCUGCACCUCCUUGGAGAGGCAGAUUCCACCCCCCAGCUCCGCCCCAUCCCUCUCUCCGUUUGAACCUUUGGAGACGGCUGAACCGUAAGCCGAGUUUACAGAAUGUUUGCGCAGCUUCGCUUCUCUGCCUCUCCCCGGGGACCGAAUGGUCCCAGCGUUAACGUCCUCACCUGAGAAGGAGUAAAAGACCCCCCCCCGCCCCGCUUUUGUGAAUUUUGUAAAAUAUGUUUGUGUGAGUAGCGAUAUUGUCAGCCGUCUUCUUCUGAAGCAAGUGGAGAACACUUUAAAAAUAUAGAGGAUUUUUUUUCUCCAUUUUUUUUAAAGUAAGAAAAUGCUAAAUAUUUAUGGCCAUGUAAACGUUCUGACAACUGGUGGCAGAUUUCGCUUUUCGUUGUAAAUAUCGGUGGUGAUUGUUGCCAAAAUGACCUUCAGGAAGGGCCUGUACCCCUCAGGGCCCAACUCCUUUCUUCGUGGUUUGUUUUGGUUUGCUUAUACUUGGUUACCCCUGCUUUCUUCUCUUCUUUUUUUAUUUUGUUCAGUGCAAACAUUUCUCAAAUAUGAAAAAGGAAAAAUGUGUAGGCGAGCGAGAAGCCCCCUGCCCCAUCCUCCGGGUCCUGAGCCCCGGAACUUGGAGCUCAGCUGUUCCGUGCGGUUCCCCAAGAGCGCCGGGCGCUGAAAGCUUUCAAUUUUUUUAAAUAAGAAUUU